GCUCACGCUCGCCGUAAGGGGUUGGAGUGGCCGCUUUAUCACCAUUGGGAAACUUGGCCUCAUAGAGCUGCACCAGGGAGAGACCCCCUCCCUCCUCCUCAUCAUCGGUCCUUCCCCGGGGGGGGAUCGAUAACUGGGAUCGAUCCAUCGGUGAUCAGCUCUGGGGAGGGGGUCCCCGCCUACAACUCCACCCCGUUCGGUCGUGUCUCGGGCGGGAUCCCGGGCUAAUUAUUUAAUAAUGUAAUCAUGUUGAACGUCCCCUUCGGAGGAUUCACCCCGCCAUGGCUCGGGUCCUGACGUGAGCAGCCUUUAAUGAAGCUCUCCUAGCAGUUGAGGCGAUCACUAUGACUGAUCCCAUGAUGGAUUUUUUCGAUGACACGCACCUCUUCGACGAAACGUUGGGUCUGUCUGACGAUGCCUUUGCUCAACACGAUCCCGUGUCCCUGGUUGACGAGUUGAACCUUGGCGCCGAGUUUGAACCCCUUCACGUUGACUCCUUGAACCACGUGCAGGACGCUCAAACGCACCCGAAACUCAAUGAUUUUGAUACACUUAAUCAGUUUGAUUCCAUUAAGUUGCACCAAGUAAGCCGCUCGUACGACAGUCCGGUGGAAAGCGUUCUGUCUCCGCGAUCGCAGUUCAGCUGCUCACCAAUACAUCCUCCAAGCCAAGGCAAUGGCAUGUUCCCUGACGAUGGAAGCCCCAUGUGGGGUCACCAGACGGCCACGGCUAUCCCAAAUCAGAACAGCUCCCCGUUCAGCCAGCAGCACCGACACUCUCAGACUAUGCAGCAUAGCAAAGGAUUUGUAACCCACCAUGAUUUUGCCUUGUUUCAGGCCAGCGAGCAACAGCAGGUCUCCAUACCACAGCAGCACAAUCGGAACAGUAUGAACACAGGUCAGGAAAUUAUGAGUCAACCAAAAACGUUCAUGGAUGUUAACGUGUCUUUGCCCCAUAGGACUACUAAUGCCCAACAUAUCCCUAUGGUCAAUAACACGGCUCCACAAGAUUCUUUGCCUUUACAACAGUUUUCUCAAUCAACGUCAUUGCACUUCUGUGGCAAUCCAGCCGUCGCUCAGCAUGAUGGCGCGUUUGGUAGCCACUCCCCGGCGCCAUGUUCUGUGAAUGCCACGCCAACCUUUUCUUCUCAUUACCCCUUCUCCAACAAUCACCUAAACCAUGCUACACAUUCUCUGUCCGAUUUUGCGGAAAGUCAAGCUUUUUCAGACAUUGCAACCAAGCAGGAACCCAGUCAGCAUGCUUUGAACCCUAGCGAUCGACUGCAUGCUAAUGACUUCCAGAUGGUGCAUUCUUCACAUCCUCAGGGCAACUACAAUGGAACAAAAAUGUCUCCUAUGACCAUUGGCUUCCCAUCUCAAGAUGGUCCUUCUGUUCGGUUGAGCCACUUCAAUGACCAUUUGGAGAGCAAUGGCUUUUCUCCUUUGGAAGACAACCUGCUCCAACAAGUGGAUUCUCAGUCGGAGCCGUUUACUGGGCUCGACCCAGUGGAUUUGUUGCAGGAAGAUCUUUUGCCACAUUUCGAUGACACGACAUAUUCUCAAGAUGGCUCAAGUUCUGGUCCUGCCAUCCUAAAUCCUCCUGGCACCGAGACCCACAUGGAACAGGAACCGAUAAAUAUCCCAAAUGAUCUACUCAAUUCUCAGCAUCAAGGUCCACUCAACCCAUGGAAUCCUCUGCUAUCCAAUCACCUGAACAUCCGUGACCGGCAGUACGUGGCUUCGCAAGGAAAGCCUCCCUCCUCCAAAAAGCUUGAUGGUUCUCGGACCUACCACAAGCUGCCGAAAUCCAAGGUGAGGUCAGCCUCUGAGAAGAGGCCCAAGAAGAAGACGGACUCUGAGAGCAAGCAGGAGAAGGCCAAUCGGAUCAUCUCGGAAGCGAUUGCCAAAGCCAAGGAGAGGGGCGAGAGGAACAUUCCUCGGGUCAUGAGCCCCGAGAACUUCCCUAGUGUUUCCUCUUCAGAGGGUAAGGAGGAGAAGCGGGGAAGAAAAGCAAAGUCCAAACCCAAGGAAAAGGAGAGCAAGAAAUCCAAAGCUGGGCUGACCUCCAAAAUUAAAGAGAAGAAAAUCGGGAAAUUAAUUAUUACUCUGGGCAAGAAGCCGAAACGAAAGAUUGAAUCCUCAGAUGAAAUCUCCGACUCCGAAACAGCUUCACAGACUCUUAAAGAAGACGACGCUCAGAAACGAAGAUCAAAUCGACAAGUAAAGAGGAAGAAGUACGCAGAGGAGGUAGAAGGGAAGCCGUCUGAGGAAGAACCGAAGGCCAGCGUUAAAAACAAGAAGAGCGCCGCCCCCCUUCCGGCAGAGCAGCCUCUGCAACUCUUUGUGGAAAACCCCAGUGAAGAAGAUGCCGCCAUUGUAGACAAAAUCUUAUCUUCAAGGAUUGUAAAGAAGGAGACUACAUCGGGGAUGAUAGUGGAGGUGGAAGAAUUUUAUGUAAAGUACAAAAACUACUCUUACCUGCACUGUGAAUGGGCCACCGAGCAGCAGUUACUGAAAGACAAGAGAAUUCAGCAGAAGAUAAAGCGUUUCAAGAUCAGGCAGGCCCAGAGGGCGCACUACUUUGCUGAUAUGGAGGAAGAAAUGUUUAAUCCAGACUAUGUGGAAGUGGAUCGUGUCUUAGAAGUUUCUUUCUGUGAAGAUAAUGAAACCGGGGAGCCUGUUAUUUAUUAUUUAGUGAAGUGGUGCUCGCUGCCAUAUGAAGAUAGUACAUGGGAGCUGAAGGAAGAUGUCGACCAGGCAAAAGUAGAGGAGUUUGAGCAACUGCAAGCUCUGAGACCUGAUACUCGGAGAGUGGAACGACCACCGCCUAACAACUGGAAGAAGAUUAACCAGUCCCGAGAAUAUAAGACUGGUAAUCAGCUCCGCGAGUAUCAACUGGAAGGACUUAACUGGCUGCUUUUCAACUGGUAUAACAGGCGGAACUGUAUUUUGGCAGAUGAAAUGGGUCUAGGUAAAACGAUUCAAAGCAUCACAUUUCUGCACGAGAUUUACCUGACUGGGAUCCAUAGCCCAUUCCUCAUCAUCGCUCCUCUCUCCACCAUCACCAACUGGGAGCGAGAGUUUCGCACCUGGACGGAUCUCAAUGUGGUUGUGUACCACGGCAGCAUGAUCAGCCGGCAGAUGAUCCAGCAGUACGACAUGUAUUGUCGGGAUCCUCAGGGUCGUGUUAUCCGAGGGGCGUACAAGUUUCACGCCAUCAUCACCACGUUUGAGAUGAUUUUGGGGGGCUGCGCAGAGCUGAAUGCCAUUGAGUGGAGAUGUGUCAUAAUUGAUGAAGCGCACCGGCUGAAGAACAAGAACUGCAAGCUGCUGGAGGGAUUGAAGCUCAUGAACCUGGAACACAAGGUGCUUCUCACGGGAACCCCUCUCCAAAACACAGUGGAGGAACUCUUCAGCCUGUUACAUUUCCUGGAGCCUCUGCGCUUUCCCUCAGAGUCCACAUUCAUGCAAGAGUUUGGAGACCUGAAGACGGAGGAGCAGGUUCAGAAGCUACAGGCUAUCCUUAAACCAAUGAUGCUUCGACGGCUAAAAGAAGACGUGGAAAAAAAACUGGCGCCUAAAGAGGAAACCAUCAUAGAAGUAGAACUGACCAACAUCCAGAAGAAAUACUACAGGGCCAUCUUGGAAAAGAAUUUUGCCUUUUUAUCUAAAGGGGCCGGCCAAGCGAAUGUCCCUAACCUAGUAAACACGAUGAUGGAGCUGCGAAAGUGCUGUAACCAUCCGUAUCUUAUCAAAGGCGCUGAGGAGAAGAUCCUUGGGGAGUUCCGAGAGACACACAAUCCAAUGGCUGCGGAUUUCUACCUCCAGGCCAUGAUCCAGUCUGCUGGGAAGCUGGUCCUCAUUGAUAAACUGCUGCCAAAAAUGAAAGCUGGAGGCCACAAGGUGCUUAUUUUCUCCCAGAUGGUGCGUUGUUUGGACAUAUUAGAGGACUAUCUCAUGCACAAGAGAUAUCUCUAUGAACGCAUUGAUGGUCGAGUCCGAGGAAAUCUCCGGCAAGCAGCCAUUGAUCGCUUCAGUAAGCCGGAUUCUGAUCGGUUUGUGUUCCUCCUUUGCACCCGAGCAGGGGGUCUGGGGAUAAACUUGACUGCUGCGGACACCUGUAUUAUAUUCGAUUCUGACUGGAAUCCACAGAAUGACCUCCAGGCUCAAGCCCGAUGUCACCGAAUUGGUCAGAACAAAGCUGUGAAGGUGUAUCGAUUAAUAACGAGAAACUCCUAUGAGCGAGAGAUGUUUGACCGAGCAAGCCUCAAGCUGGGCUUAGACAAAGCUGUCCUCCAGAGUAUGAGCGGAAGAGAGAACACCGUCGGAGGGAUUCAGCAACUCUCAAAGAAAGAGAUAGAAGACCUUCUCAGGCGGGGUGCAUAUGGAGCAAUUAUGGACGAGGAGGACGAGGGCUCAAAGUUUUGUGAAGAGGACAUUGACCAAAUACUUCAGAGAAGGACAAAAACCAUUACUAUAGAGUCUGAGGGAAGAGGGUCAACCUUUGCCAAGGCUAGCUUUGUGGCUUCUGGUAACAGAACCGACAUCACUUUGGAUGACCCAAACUUCUGGCAGAAAUGGGCUAAAAAGGCAGAAAUUGACAUAGAUUCAGUGAGCGGCAGAAACAGCCUGGUCAUUGAUACACCAAGGAUUCGCAAGCAGACCCGACCUUUUAGUGCUACCAAGGAUGAACUUGCAGAGCUAUCUGAAGCAGAAAGCGAAGGAGAUGAUAAACCCAAGCUGCGAAGACCAUAUGAUCGUUUAAAUGGGUAUGGCAGAACUGAAUGCUUCAGAGUCGAGAAGAAUCUUUUGGUUUAUGGGUGGGGAAGGUGGAGAGACAUAUUGUCACAUGGCCGUUUCAAGAGACAGCUUAAUGAGCAGGAUGUGGAAAUAAUAUGCCGAGCGUUGCUGGCUUACUGCCUAGUGCACUACCGAGGAGACGAGAAGAUCAAGAGCUUUGUCUGGGACCUCAUCACGCCAACAGAAGACGGGAGGACUCGGGAGCUGCAAAACCAUCUUGGUUUAUCUGCUCCGGUACCAAGAGGCAGGAAGGGGAAGAAGGUGAAGAGUCAAGCUAGCACUUUCGACAUUCACAAGGCUGAGUGGUUGCGAAAGUAUAACCCAGAACAUCUACUGCAAGACGAUGGGUAUAAAAAGCACUUAAAGCAUCACUGCAACAAGGUGUUACUUAGAGUGAGAAUGUUGUACUAUCUCAAGCAAGAAGUGAUUGGGGACCAUCACAAAAGCGUUCUUGAAGGAGUGGAUGCCAGUGAAAUUGAUUUAUGGAUUCCUGAGCCUGAUCACUCAGAGUUACCAGUGAAUUGGUGGGACACGGAUGCAGACAAGUCGCUUUUGAUUGGAGUAUACAAGCACGGGUAUGAAAAAUACAACACGAUCCGGGCAGACCCAGCCUUUUGUUUUCUUGAACGAGCUGGAAAGCCAGACGAAAAAGCUGUUGCUGCGGAACAGAGAGCGAAUGAUUACAUGGAUGGUGAUGUCGAAGAUCCGGAGUACAAGCCUGCCCCUGCAUUGUUCAAAGACGACAUGGAAGAUGAUGCAUCCUCUCCUGGUGACUUGGUGAUAGCAGACGGAGAUGGGCAGGUGCUCGAAGGAGACAAAAGCUACUGGCCCACCCAGUCGGCACUCACCACCCGUCUACGUCGACUUAUAACAACAUUCCAGCGCACUUCCAAAUUUCGGCAGGUUCAACAGAUCCCACCCAUGUUCCCGGUUCAUGCGACGGUGACGCAAGCCCCUUAUGAAGAGGUUUCUUUGAAUCCAAAAGUAGCCGCAAAAAUUGAAAGGCAACAAAGAUGGACUCGAAGGGAGGAAGCUGACUUUUACCGCGUAGUUUCAACUUUCGGAGUGGUGUUUGAUCCAGGAAGAGGACAGUUUGAUUGGACCAAGUUUCGAGCUAUGGCAAGACUCCACAAGAAGACAGAUGAGAGCCUCGAGAAGUACCUUUAUGCCUUUAUUGCCAUGUGCCGAAGGGUGUGCCGAUUGCCGUCUAAGGAAGACCUAGUGAACCCAUCCAUCUCCAUCCAGCCAAUCACAGAGGAGAGAGCCUCCAGAACCUUGUAUCGCAUUGAGCUUUUGAGGAAAAUUCGGGAGCAGGCAAUCCACCACCCUCAGUUGUUUGAGCGCCUUAAGCUCUGCCAACCAAGCCCAGAUUUACCGGUGUGGUGGGAAUGUGGCAAACAUGAUCGGGAUUUGUUGAUCGGAGCUGCUAAGCAUGGAGUAAGCAGAACAGAUUAUCACAUUCUGCGGGAUCCAGAACUUUCUUUUAUGACAUCUCAGAAAAACUAUAACCAGAAUAAAGGGACCCCUUCUACCCCACUCUCAGCGCCACAAAACCAGCUGCUAUUGUCUGCAUCCCCUCUUACCCCUCAGUCUCGGACUCAAGAACUAAAAUGGAGCCCUAACUAUGAGAUCAAAGUGAAAGAUGAGGAUGGAAAAGACGAAACACCUUUACCUGCUGUAGAGUCUUUGAAACUGAAGGUUGAGGCAGUAAGUCUCAGUAAUGGCCCAUUGCCGCUACCUGGAGAGCAUAAACCAGUACUUAAGCCUGAGGCAGACAGGCGCAUGGUGGCAGCGAGGACUGAGCCGCUAACACCUAAUCUAACUUCCAAGAAGCCGAGAAUCCGCAAGCGUGGGUCCAACUCCACUUCAGACUCUGAUUCUGACUCAAACCGAUCUUCUUGCUCAUCCAGAUCUUCCUCUUCAUCAUCAUCCUCCUCCUCCUCCUGCUCACGCUCAGGAUCCAGCUCUUCCUCCUCUUCUUCCUCUUCAUGUUCAUCGUCAUCAUCGUCGUCUUCCUCCUCUUCUUCAUCUUCGUCUUCAUCUGAGGACAGUGACAGCGACGAUGGGGAUGGACAAAAAUGUGAACGAGUGUCCCAUGUGAAGGCCUAUGAUGAAGAAAGUGUGGCCUCGAUGAGCACGCUGCAGGACGAAACUCAGGACAGCUUCCAGCUCGAUAAUGGAACCCCAAACUCCAACUGUCUUUUACAAGGAGGAUAUAUGUUUGCUGCUGCCCAUUGGCCUAAGGAUCGAGUGAUAAUCAACAGGCUGGACAGCAUUUGCCAGGUAGUAUUGAAAGGGAAAUGGCCCACCACACGAAGGAAUUAUGAUGGCACCAGUGUGGCGUCCUUCUAUACCACCAAACUACUGGAUAGUCCUGGGGCUGCCACCGAGUACAGCGACCCAGGAACACAGCCCCCCACUUGCAUUGCCAUCAAGGAAGAAAGCAACCAAUCGCAGCAGAUGCCAAAGGUGAAGAAGCAUGUACAAGAAAAGGAGUUUACAGUGAAAAUCAAUGACGAAGGCGGCUUGAAAUUGACAUUUCAGAAACAAGGGGUUCCUCAGAAACGGCCGCUGGACAGUGAGGAAGGAAUGGGACAGCAGCAGUAUUUGGCUCGACUGCAAGAUCUUCAGAAUGCUUCAGAGGCCAGUCUUGUCACCUUUCCCAAAUCUACUGCCGUGCCAGGUGCUCCCAAUCCGGUGCCUAGUGCCAAUGUGAACGGCAUGGGAACAGAUGCACAGCCCGUCAUCAAGAGGAGAAGAGGAAGAAGGAAGAACGUGGAGGGGGUCGAUAUCCUUUAUAUGAACAGGAACAAGAUGCUUAAUCAUGGUAACGAAGCUGUGACCCCCUCCCUGUCACAACCUGCCUCUUGCCCCCAACUUCACGGAGCACUGGAUGCCGAAAGCCCUGUCCCUGUCAUUAAUUUAAAAGAUGGCACGAGGCUUGCAGGAGACGAUGCUCCGAAAAGGAAGGAUCUAGAAAGCUGGCUUAAGGCUCAUCCUGGCUAUGUGGAGGACUUGGGGGCGUUCAUUCCUAGAAUGCAGAUUCAUGAUGGUAGGCCUAAGCAGAAGAGGCACCGCUGCAGAAACCCUAACAAGCUGGAUGUGAACAGCCUUACAGGAGAGGAGCGCGUCCAGCUCAUCAACAAGAGGAACGCCAGGAAGGUUGGAGGUGCGUUUGCUCCUCCUCUGAAAGACCUGUGCCGCUUCCUGAAGGAAAAUCCGGAGUAUGGCGUGGCUCCAGAGUGGGGAGAUGUUGUCAAGCAGUCCGGUUAUCUCCCGGAUAGCAUGUUCGAUCGUAUCUUGACGGGUCCUGUGGUGCGUGAGGAAGUGAGUAGGAGAGGGAGGAGGCCGAAGAGUGAGAUUGCCAAAGCCACGGCUGCCGCUGCUGUAUCUGCUGGUAACUCUGUCCAUGUCAACCCACUGCUAGCUAAUGGUCUGAUCCAAAGUAUGGAUCUGUCCAGCUAUCAAGCCCUGCAGCAGAACUUCCAGAACCUCCAGUCUCUGCAGCUAACAGCCGGAUUAAUCGGUUUACCCACCGGCCUCUCUACAACUGGUGGCGAUGCGAAGAACAUGGCCGCCAUGUUCCCUAUGCUGCUGUCUGGUAUGGCCGGGCUGCCCAAUUUACUGGGUAUGGGAAGCUUUUUGAAUAAGUCCUCAGAACCCUGUGCCGAAGGGAAGCAGAAGAACUCCACAAAGGACGGCAAAGAAGCUGAAAACAAUAUAGAGAGGACGAUAUCUCCUGCUGGUGACAAAACGAAGCAGAACUCAAGCCCUCCAUCCACAUCCAUGGGGGCUGCUCUGCAAGCAGGCUCUUUAUCUAUCAACCCGUUGUUGUUACCCAACAUACUUUACCCAGGGAUGCUCCUCACUCCAAGCCUUAAUCUUCACAUCCCAGCUGUGCCCCAGCCUAAUGUUUGUGAAGUACAAAAUGCUAACAGUAAGACGAACACUGAUCCGGCCCCAGAUCCUGUAGCGGAGCCGCCGCUGCCUCCUCCCGCCAAGAGUCGGGAAGAAAAAGCUGGAAACGAGGCGGGUUCCCCAAAUGAGAACAGCACAGAUGACGGUUCUGAGAAGGCCGACCCUUCAUCAGGAUCAAACAGCCCCUCGUCGUCUUCAUCUGAAGCCUCAGACUCUUCAGGGGAAGACUGAACCUGACCGAACCUGCACUUAACUUAUAUUUAAAAAGAAAAAAAAAACUUUUGGAUCCUCCUGCCUAAAGUCAUUUCAGCUGUAAAUAUCUGUGUAGUAACCGCAUCCCAGGAUUUUUUAUUUUUUUCCCCCCCCCGCGCACAGGCGGACAUUUCAGUAUUGGUUCUGAAGAUGCAAAUAGCGUUUUAAGAAAACGUCUUGCAUGUCGCGCUCUCGCAGAGAUGAACUUGUAUGUAUAAUGUGAGAAAAUAGACACAGUGCUGUAAGGAAAUUGCAGCAAAAAAAAAAAAAAAAAGCAAGGCAUUCAUUUUGUUUGAGGGAAGUUGGGAGGUGGGGGUAAUUUUAUGGAGGAAAAAAAAAAGGCAAAAAAAUAAAAAAGGCGCUCUCUAAGAGCUGUAUAUAAAUAAUAUAUUUGCAGUGAAACACAGAAUCCUCUGAGUAUAUUGUGGUUUUCAUUUCUGCCUUUUUAUUUUUUUAUUUUUUUUUUCAUGCGCAUCAUUUACAGAACUCAGCAAUAAUUUUGGACAAUUUUUCCAGACGUUCUUUCGGCAGCCCUGUUUUUAUUUCAAAAACUAUCAUGAAAAUAGGAUUUUAUUUUAUUUUUGUAAGUUAUGGCAGCGUCCUGUAGACUAGCAGUACGUGAAAAUUGCGCGACACGGACAUUUAUUUCAAGAGUUCUCUUCUGAAAUACUUUUUUUUACUCUAAGAGCCUUGUUCACGCCUCGCCCCAUUAAAAAGCACAAAUGAUAGAAACCACUGACACCCACUGCGCCUCCUGCUAGUUCAUGAUCCUGCAUCCCCCCACUUCACAGAGUACUGGGGUUACACCACGUGUGUCUUGUGCAUUGGUAAAAAAACAAAACAAAUAUAGCGCAAUUUCAGUAUCUUCCCAUUAUUAACCAUUUACAAGAAUAAUCUGCAUAUCAAAAAAGGGGAUGUUCGCUAAAGAGAUUAUCCCGGCAGCUUCGGGUUUCUGUGCCACCAGUUGUUGGUACCAGUUACGUCACCAGUGUUGUAAAGCAGUAAGAAAAUACACUUCAGCAUUAAAAGCAAUGGAUACAAUGCCGAUCAGACCCAGCCAUACACCUCAGAUUAGCUAUCAGUAUUCGAGCAGUGAGUCUCCACAAGGUUGGCAUCUCCAAACCUCACUGUCUAUAUGUCAGGUGCCAACGUACAUGUUGCCUCCCUUACAACGCAAUCACUACCACGGCCAGUAUGGAAGAUACAAUCUCAGGUACUGUGGCACUCUGUUGUCCUGUUCGUGGACGGCCAUAUUGAUCACCCGAUUUUAGUACAACAAAUUUAUUAAACUUCAUAUACAGACUGAAGAAUCUUAAAUUUUUGGGGUUUUUUGCUUUUUCAAACAUUAUAUUUUUAAAAGCAGAAGUCCCCGUAUUGCAAGGCCGAAGAUCCUUUUUUCAUGUUGUGCGGCAUAGUCCUUUCUGAAAAUGUUCUUGGUGCCCGUAGGACAGUCAGUCUUUAGAGAGCCUUUCUUGAUGUAGUGUGGAUGUCGGGUCUCUGUAAUUACUUUUAGGAUAUUUUUCAGAUACAGACAGGCAGCAUUUAGACCCUUCGCAGGGUGCGACAACCACAACACCUACAGAGCAAAAAGUUGACGCCCGAACCACCCAUCAUUCUGAUAUUUUUCACUGUUGGGAUGCUGGUCAUUGAAAAGAUUUUUGCUUGAUUUGGAAUGGUUUUCGUAUGACCGCAGCAGAACUACUGUGGAUAUAAUUUUAGGAAGGUAUAGGUCAUAGUGCUUCACAAUCGGUCUUUACCCAUCGUAACUGUUGUCCUAUGGCCUCACUAAAUUGUCUUCAGUCCUUCAGUGCAUAUCUUUGCCGAUGUAAGUAUAUUUUAAUUCAAGUUCAUUGGGCUCCAGGUUGGUUUUCUAAACCAGUUCCUUAGAUCUUUUGGUCAUCUUCACCGAGCGCUGGCUCUGCUGUGCUAUCUCCAGCAGUCCCAUAGAAGUAAGUGCGGUGGUGGCUUUACUUGCGCAGGGCACUCUCCAUUCAUUUCUAUGGGACUUCCAAAUAUAGAUGACCGUGGACGCUUGGCUAUUUUGGGAACUCCCA